AUGGCUUUCCAUCAACCAAGAUUAAGGCUUAGAAGCAUGGCGAACGUUAAAUUCUUGGUGCUCGUCGUCGUGUUUGCAGCACACAUGGUGUUAAGUGAACCCGUAACCGGAAAGUCAUGGCUGAUACCGUCCUCAACCGAUUCCUCCUCUGCCAGUGAUCUUAGAUCCACCGAGGCGAGACCAUGGCUAAGGGUUUUCAGUUCUUGGAUGCCAUGGAGGGAGUUCGCCAGCCAAUCGCAUCGCCGCCGGGAGAUGCAAUGCCAGCAGGAGCUGGAUGAUCUCAGGAGAUGGUUCCAGAGAACGCAUCAGGAGCUUCGAAAAGGACCAGGCAGUCAAGCCGACCCUGCUGGUUCUGAGCCCCGCCGAAUCCUGCCUGUCGCUUCAAGUCUGCACCAAAUAGAGGAAAGUGACAACUGGGACGAGGAGGGGGAGGAUGAGAGGGAGGAGAGCAGGAAUUCAUAUGAGGCUGCAGAAGAGAUGGAUGGGGAGAGAAAACGGUUCCACGUCUCUGAUGACUCAGAGCUCGUUUUGAACCACGGUCACGCGCCAGGCUUGCUGGCAAGAAGGAGAUUGGCAGCGAAGGUGUAUACCCGCGCCAUGCUUGCUGACUGCAUCCCGUGCGUGAGCAUCGGGAGGAAGGGGGUGUUUAUACAAGGCAGCUUGGACGAAAAUGGUGAAGAAGAGUCGCAACUGCAAGGUGCUGAAUACGAAGGGAGGAGCCCUCCUGUCAAGAACUCUGAGCUUGAGUUGGAAGGGUCGAGGAAGCCUCUGCAGGAAUCCGCGCCAUGCUGUGACUCGCUGGUGCUGAAGCUUCGGGUGCAGACAGCGGAUCUGGAGAGGCUUAUGGGGCAGAUUGCUGAGAAACAGGCGGAGAGUAAGAGGGUGAGCCGAGAGAAAUACGUGCUGAAUAAGAAGCUGAGCAGAGCUGAUAUCAACUGGGAGGAAGCGUUUCUAUCAAACCAGACCAUGCAUGAGGCGCAGAUGACAGUGGAGCGGUGCAAUGGACAUGGCAUCGUGGCACAGCAGGGCACGCUGGUGUGGAAGACAUGGUAUUGUGGCAGAGCAGGGCAUGCUGGUGUGGAAGAGCAGGGCAUGCUGGUGUGGAAGGUGAGAGAGGAGGGGAGCUUGUGCGUGCAUAAGUGUGGGUGCGCUUGUGGUGGUGGUGGUGGUGCUUUCAUGCAUGUGGUGGCGAUGCAACAGACAUGGUAUUGUGGCAGAGCAGGGCAUGCUGGUGUGGAAGUCCCUCAUCCUCCACCACCGCUGCUAGCUGAUUCCGCCCCUCCUUCCCAUAUCACCUGCUUUCCAAUCCCCUGUUCUCCCCCCUCUUCCACCCCCCAGGGCUACACAUGUGAUGCAUCAGAGGAGGCUCUCAGGCAAUACAGCGCAUAUGACGCCAGUGGGGCGUGCCCUGACGACUGGUUUGCCACCCAGUCGCUCAUCUUCCACCACCGCUGCUUCUCCCUGCCGCAACGACGCUGCCGCGCCCGCACCACCAACCAAACAAUCAAUUGUGGGACCACCACGCCUGCUCCUCCGUCGCCCCAUCCCCCUGUCUGCCUAUCCCCCUUCCCUCUCCCACCAAGCACCCCUCUCUCCUCCUCUCCCCUCCUUCCCUCCUCCAUUCUCCACCCUUCCUGCCACCAGCCUCUACCAUUCCCCCAGGCGCUCUUCAAUCUGAGUGCGCUCUUCAAUCUGAUAGGCACAGCUGCCUCUUCUAUCCUGGUGUGGGACCACCACGCCUGCUCCUCCUUCGCCUGCCUCAACGCCCGCGUGUGUGGGACCACCACGCCUGCUCCUCCUUCGCCUGCCUCAACACCCGCGUCGUGGGGGACUGCCGCCUCUGCUUUAGCCUCACUCUUCCCUUCUCUACUCCCUCAUCCUUUCCGUCAUUCUCCCCCCCUCUCUCCUGCUACCCUCCCUCCUGCUACUCCUUCCGCUUCCCUCCUUCCAUCCAUUUCCCUCCACCAGCCCCUGCCGUUCCCCCAGGCCUUGUUCAAUCUGAGCGCUCUCAUAGACGGAGCUCUCAUAUGGGACCACCACGCCUGCUCCUCCUUCGCCUGCCUCAACGCCCGCGUGGUGGGGGACUGCCGCCUCUGCUUCAACCUCACGCUUGAGAGGAAUCGCUGGCGCGUGCGGUACCGGGGCUCGCUGACUAUAGAGGAUGUGCUUAAAAUGAAGAAGGGAAGCAUCAGGAUUGGUCUGGACAUUGGAGGCGGCACAGGCAGCUUUGCAGCGCACAUGGCGCUCUACAACGUGACAAUCCUCACCACGGCCAUGAAUGUGGAGACUGUGGUGGGGCGCAAGCAGGGAUUGCCCUACAUGGAGGCCAUAGCGUUGAGAGGACUCAUUCCCCUGCACUUGCCACACAAGGCCCGUCUGCCCUUCUUUGACGGUUCAUUGGACUUAAUUCACAGUGUCAACAGCGUCAAGUACCUGCCCAUGCUCGAGUUUGAAGAGAUGCUCUUUGAGUGGGACCGUGUGCUCAGAGUUGGUGGUGUCAUUUGGCUGGAGAUGUUCUACGCUCCCCUUGACGAGUUCCCAGUGUAUGUCGCCAUUCUCAAUCUCCUCAGCUACAACCGCCUGCACUGGCCGCGGAAGGACUUGCCUGACAAAGUCGCGCAAUCUGAGCUCCGAGUGAAAGAAGCCGAAGCGAAACUAGUCAAGCUCAAAUACUUCGCUCCGAAAGUCGAGGAAAUGCGAGAUGCGGCAUUUUGCGACGUAACACUGCGACCACGCGAAGGAGAAGCUAUUAAAGCUCAUCGAUGCAUUCUAGCAACAUGGUCACCAGUUUUUGCGAAAAUGUUCAGCAGUGGCUUGCAAGAAGAGACGAAGAGCUCUGUUCACAUACAGGAUACAGGCGGCCCUACGUUAGAGAAGCUAAUUUCCUUCAUGUAUUCUGGCGAUUUACCUAUGAAAAGUGCAACCAUGCCGAAAAUUAAAUUGCUAGUGGCAGCGGAUAAAUAUCAAGUUUUAGAGCUCAAGGAGCACUUGUGCUUGUGUCUGUGCGGAUCCCUAGAUAAUGACAUUGUGUUCGAGGCAUUCAAAGUAGCUGACAUGCACGAUGCCCCUUCAGUGCGGCAAGCCUGUGCAGAUUAUAUUCUCAAGAAGAUGGAUCGAAAAGCAAGCUCCCCUAUUAUAAUGGAAAUGCUGCCUGGGGAAGACCCACAGAGCAAGAGACUGGCAGCUGAGCUUCUGGAGAGGGGGUGGCUGAAUACAUGA